AUGCUCGCUCUUGUUGUUGUCUACUAUGUACAGAGCCAAGCCAUCCAUCUCGAUGGUGUGAACGUUGGACCCAGUGACGACGUCCACUCUGGCAAGAUCCCAAGGACCACCAAGCACCAAGACCUUCCGCCACCUUCACAGCCCUCCAAUGGCCGCGUAUUUUCAGCGCAAGCAGUUUCAGCCGUAGCGCGCGGCUUUUUUGACACACAUUCCAAUCUGAUCUCUACCCGGCGUGAGCCUCAGCAAGACUCUGAGCUGCCCAAAGCCUCAAAGCGCAAGGCCACCCCCAGGAUCAACCUCGACUCCCACUACAAGCAUCAGGAAACCAACAAGGAGCGUGGAAGGCUCCUCACACUUGCGUCACUAGGCGCAUCAUCCACAGACAGGCAGCGAGCAGCAGCUAGGGUUGUAGAUACCACACACAUCAUAAAGCGCAGAAUCAUCUGCAAGCCACGCGAUCACACCCCACCGCUCGAAUGCUACAAGCCCAGAAAAGGACGUCUUACCACUGGUAGUCGCAAGCUGGCACUGCCCCCAGAGCUUAUAACCUCCAAUGCCGUUUCCCCCAUCAUUGUUGCUCCACAGCCAGUGCGACCCCUUCCCAACUUCGUUAAGGGCAACACACACGCACGACCCAUUCGCCCUCUUCCAUCCAAAGUCAGGCCCACCCUCCACAUCGAAACACUCAAGAAGCAGGUCUCCGCUACCCGCUUCAGACCACAACCAAUAUUAGGAGCGUUCUGGGAGAGAAUUGAUCAGGACAAACGAAAGAAGGUACAACUCCUCGCAUCGGAGUUAGACAAAGUCUGCGCAGACCUCUACACGGGAACUCGCGAAUACACCUUCAUCGACAAACAGGUCAUCAACACGUGCUGCCUAGAAAUAGGAAGGAUCAACUUCAAGGAGAUAGGGAAGCAGCAGAGGUUAGACGAGAUCAUCAGGGAGAUUGGGAAAGUCAAGGACAAGCAGUACCUAGGCUUCAUUUUCAAUUAG